GUUUUGGUUGAAGUUUAGAAUUUUAGAAUCGUAAUAUUGAGAAAUCGAGAGUGAACUUAGUGAGCAUUAAAAACACUUCGCCGUGCGUAGUGAACAGACAAUUCAUCGAAUCUGGAGGAACUCUCCAUCAGAAUCAGUAACCGACUACAUAGUGUUAAUCGUAGCACUUUGCUUCUGAUGCCGAAGCAAGCGUAGAUCCUCUCUCAGGGAGAAUAUUUAUUUUGUUGGUUCACUCUGAACGAUGGAUUUUAGUCCAAUACAACUUUGCCGCUUGUGUCUACAGACCAACGACGAUGUUGUAAAUAUUUGGGAUACAUACCUAGAUUCGUCAAUUGCCUCCAUACUGACCAAACAUUUCUGGUUCCAGGUCAAUAAAGGCGACGGAUUGACGGAGUUCAUCUGUGACGUCUGUUGGAUCCAAACUAAAACGUUCCAUCAGUUCUACAAGCAAAUCGAACAGUUCCAGAAAUGCUUUUACGACUCCGUUGCGAGAGAUAAACGUGCCGAUGAUGAUGCGAUUACAUAUGCCGAUUGCGAAGAUAAGGUAGAAGAGACUGAUGUGAAUAUUGUCAAGUGUGAGGAAACAGAAUUACGAGCAGAAGCUGUUGACCCUCAGCCAAGCGCAUGUAAUUACUCCGAGUACGAUGAAAUCGAAAUUGAAAGCGAACCUGAACAAAGCGACGACGAAGAGGAACGACGUUCCAAUAAGGGACAGAAAGUUGCUGAUAAGAAAGCCUCACCACGUGCGGGUAAAUAUAAACCACGACUGAGUCCAUCUGAAAAAGCCAAGCUGCAAGAGCAGAUCCGUGACCAAUUCAAAAUGAACUGCGAAAUUUGCAGCGACGUCAAAUUUAUGACUCUUGUCGACGUGCACCAACAUUAUCGCAACGUUCACCAGCAAAAUGGCUACCUAAUGUGCUGUGGGAAAAAGUUCAGCACCAAUGCCACAGUAGCGGAACACAUUCGCCAUCACAACGAUCUGAAGACAAACGGAGAGCCGGAAGAGGAAGCUCAAAUUCGUGAAUGGUUUGCCAUGAAAUGUGAUAUUUGUAGCGAAACAGUCGAAUUCCGAACGUUAUUGGAAAUGCGGCGACAUUUUCGCAAAGUGCACGAUAUGCGAGGCUAUCUACGCGGUACUUGCUGCAGUAAAAAGCUGUACACUCGGGCACAUAUGCUGAAUCACAUCCGUUGGCACACAAAUUCUGACUCGUUGCGGUGUCGACAGUGUGACAAAAUUUUCACCCGCAUUUCUACACUGAGAAUUCACAUGGCUAAUUAUCAUACGCCACGCGAUUCACGUGCUUUCAAAUGUACCUUAUGUCCGAGUAAGUUUGCGUUGGCAGCGUUGUUGAGAGCUCACGUUAGCACUAAUCACACAGCGAAAACCGGUGAAAGCUUCGACUGCGACAAAUGUACUAAGAGUUUUCGGUCAAGCUUACUACUGUCACUUCACAUUCGAAACAUUCAUGAAUCGACAACCGAAUACGUGUGCGAAAUAUGCGCUCGGACAUUCAAAACAAAGACUACACUUCAGAGUCACUUCGACUAUUUCCAUUCUUCAAAACCACCACCAAAGGUUCAAUGUGACGUGUGCGGCGUUCGGUUAAGAAGCCUUAGAUAUCAUCGCCAGUUACACGAGCAUCCUGAUCCAGUGAAUUGUUCGAUAUGCAACAGAAAAUUAGCGAAUCAGAAUGCACUGAGGAGUCACAUUAGCCAUGUUCAUGGUGAAAAGAAACAUCAGUGUCAAUUGUGCAACAAAGCGUUCAAGUUGCGAUUAAAUUUGCAGGAACACCUAGCAACUCACACCGGCGAAGAUCUGUACAAUUGUCCGUACUGCGAAAAGAAAUUCAAAUCGAGUGGAAACUUUCACAAUCAUAAGAAAGUCGCACAUUUUGCCCAAUGGAGUCGAGACUCGAAACCCCAAACAAAGAGAAAUUCUGCGAUGAAGAAGAAGCCCGUUCCGGAUGUUACGGAGUGAAUCUGUUCCGUUUCUUUUGCGGAAUUUGUUGGAAAAUAAAACCUAAUUCAUCGUCAAA